CAGUCCUCCACGUGUGAGAGCACUUCAGUCACAUUGGCAGGUCCUCAACAGCACCAUGAAGCGACCGAAGUUAAAGAAAGCAAGUAAGCGGGUCUCAUGUUCCAAACGUUAUAAAAUACAGAAGAAGGUCCGGGAGCAUAACAGAAAGCUGAGGAAAGAGUUGAAGAAGAAAGGAGUGAGCAAACGAGUGAAGAAGGACCCCGGCGUGCCCAGCAGUGCUCCCUUCAAAGAGGAGGUUCUCAGGGAGGCAGAGGAGAGGAGGCUAAAGAUUGAAGAAGAAAAAGAGAGAAAGAAACAAGCCAAAAGAGAGGAGCGAGCCCAAAAGAGGAAGAAGGAAAAGGAGGUUGCAAGUAAAGAUCCUGAACCUAAGGCCAAGAAGGCUCGACAGGAUGAAAAUGGAAAGCAUUCAGAGAAACACACUGCCCCAGACAAGAGUUCAAAACAGUUCCUUUGUGGUGAAUUAAAUAAGGUAAUUGAUGCAUCCGACGUAGUAAUAGAAGUCCUUGAUGCUCGUGAUCCUUUGGGGUAUAGGUGUCCACAGCUGGAGGAGGAGGUGCUGCGGAGGGAAGGCAACAAGAAACUGCUCUUGGUUUUGAAUAAAAUAGACUUGGUACCAAAGGAGAAUGUGGAGAGGUGGAUACAGUGUUUACAAAAGGAGUUUCCAGUUGUGGCAUUUAAAGCAUCAACACAGAUUCGGGACAAAACAGUGCAAGCCAAGAAGAGCAGGAUAGUGGCCUCCAAUGAAGUCCUGGACAAAUCCAGAGGAGCUGCCUGCUUUGGAAUCAGCUGCCUCACUGAGCUCCUCACAACUUAUGUGGCUAACACAGAGAAGGAAGCGUCACUCAGAGUGGGCAUAGUUGGUUUUCCUAAUGUAGGAAAGAGCAGUCUUAUCAACAGUAUGAAGGGGAUCCUGGCCUGCAACACUGGAGUCAAGAGAGGUAUCACAAAAUCCAUGCAGGAGGUGCACAUCUUAAAGAACGUCAAGCUAAUAGACAGCCCCGGAGUCGUGGCAUCGCCAUCCAACCCACCGGCCUCUAUGGCUCUGAGGAGCUUGCAGGUGGAGGAGGGCCAAGAGAGUGUGCUGGAGGCUGUCAGGACUCUGCUCAAACAGUGUGACAAGACUCAGAUCAUGCUUCAGUUCAACAUCCCCGACUUCAGGAACUCUCUGGAGUUUUUAACGUUGUUCGCCAAAAAGCGUGGUUAUCUGCAGAAGGGUGGAGUCGCUAACACAGAGCAGGCAGCCACAGCUUUCCUUGCUGAUUGGACAGGAGCCAAGCUGAGCUACUACUGUAAGGCACCAGAGAACAUCAGCCUCCCUGCAUACCUGUCUGACAGCGUGGUCAGCGACAUGCAGAAAGGCUGGGAUCUAACCAAACUGAAAAUGGACAAUGAGGAAACUCUGAAAGGUGUCAAAUUUCCAAACCAGGCCAGCAGUAUAAGCUUCAUCUCUAAAGGCCCGACUGCAGGCUUGCUGAGCGCAAGCGACAUCACUGAAGAAAAACCUGGUCCUGCAGCCACAGAGAGUGAAACUAUGCAGAAUGAUGAGCCUGAACAAACAAUUGAGGAGCCAGAUAAAACGGAAGAACUGGAAAAACCACAGAAGGCGUCACUCAGAAAAAAACCCAACAAGGUGCAGUUCCAGUCUGUCCCUAUUGACAUCAGCCUUUCUACAGCUACAACAGAUGAUGCGUAUGACUUCAACACAGAUUUUAAAUGAGCUUCGCCUCUGACCUAGCACCUGUACUCACAUGGUCUGAUGGGGGUACAGACCUGGACUUAUCACCAUACAGUACAUAUGGAAUCACUGUCAGGAUGCCUUUGACCAUCUCUGCCUGUCCUGCUAGUUGACUGGUUUCAGACUAGACUUACACUAGUCUAGUUAAAUGUAUGGCCUUCCCUCACUGCUUAAACCUGGAAGACAAUGGGACGGUUUUCCAGAUAAGGACUAACCUUUCACUUAGACUACAUUUUUCACUUGAUAAUAUUGAAUUUUGUUUGUCUGGGGCUGAUCACUGUCCAGGAAAUGGACACAGUGUCUGUUAGAUGGUUAUGUAUUUAAUCACUGACUACUUCUUCCUUUAUGUCCACAGGUCAUUUGUAAUAUCUUGUGUCAAUGCAGAAUAAUGUAUAUAGAUGACUUUCUAUAAAUGUAAUAAACCCUCUACAAAGCCCACA